AUGAGAGAGGGAAUCUGGAUAAGGUUUUGUUAACCCAGUUGACUUGUUGUCUGGGAGGGAUAUUGUGGAGGUCUCCAAGAGGAAGAAGAUAAAAAGGAAUAUUCAAGGAAAACCCUACUACUGUCUCCAAUGUCUUCGUCCACUCUUCAAGCUUCUCUUCUCCUUCGUCCUCCUCUUCAUUCUCUACGUUUCAAUACUCAAUCUCUGUCCAGUGUCUACCGUCUUUCUUCAACACAGUUUCGUUCCAUUCCUUGCUCAUUGGGCCACGACAAUGUCGCUUCCGAUUCGGAUUUCCUUCCCAAGGAGGCCUCCUGGAGCGGAGAUAUCGACCGGAACGUUGCGGACUCAGCAGUGACUGAACAAGGGACGAGUGAAGACAUCCUAGUCAAUAGAGGAGUAGACGAAGCGGUGGUUAGUAAUGCGGAAGACAGGAACAAGAAGGAGAAGAGCAAGUUUCCGAUCCUGGUGUUGCUGAUGGGCCUAUGGGCAUCUUUAAAGAGAGCCAUGGAGAAGGUAAUGCAACGGGAGUGGUGGCCUUUCUCUCGCCCACAGAAGCGUCUCGAGAAACUCAUCGCCCAAGCUGAUGCCAAUCCAUUGGACGCUGCUUUGCAGGGUGCUUUAUUGGCUGAGCUCAACAAACACAUUCCUGAAGCUGUCGUUCAACGGUUCGAACAAAGGGAACACGCAGUGGACAGUAGAGGUGUUGCUGAAUAUAUUCGAGCUCUUGUCAUCACUAAUGCUAUUGCCGACUAUCUUCCUGACGAGCUAUCCGGCAAGCCAUCUACUCUUCCCACACUGCUUCAAGAGCUGAAGCAUCGUGCAUCAGGCAAUAUGGACGAUUCGUUUGCGAACCCUGGUAUAUCUGAGAGGCAACCGCUGCAUGUUACUUUGGUUAAUCCGAAAGUUUCAAACAAAUCAAGAUUUGCACAAGAGCUUGUCUCGACUAUCUUGUUCACAAUUGCUGUUGGAUUAGUUUGGUUAAUGGGUGCAGCUGCUCUGCAAAAAUAUAUUGGAAGCCUGGGAGGAGUUGAAACUUCGGGUGUUGGUUCAACUUCUUCAUUUUCCACAAAAGAGGUUAACAAAGAAAUAACGCCUGAAAAGAAUCUCAAAACAUUUAAGGAUGUAAAGGGUUGUGAUGAUGCAAAACAAGAGCUUGAGGAGGUGGUAGAGUAUCUUAAAAAUCCAUCAAAGUUCACCCGUCUUGGAGGAAAGUUGCCAAAGGGAAUUCUUCUAACAGGGUCACCUGGUACUGGAAAGACAUUGCUGGCUAAAGCAAUUGCUGGAGAAGCUGGAGUACCCUUCUUCUAUAGAGCUGGAUCUGAAUUUGAAGAGAUGUUUGUUGGGGUCGGAGCUAAGCGUGUGAGAUCCUUGUUUCAGGCAGCUAAGAAAAAGGCGCCCUGUAUCAUUUUCAUUGAUGAAAUCGACGCGGUUGGUUCCACGAGAAAACAAUGGGAAGGGCAUACAAAGAAGACAUUGCAUCAACUGCUUGUUGAAAUGGAUGGUUUUGAGCAGAAUGAGGGAAUAAUAGUUAUGGCAGCAACAAACUUGGCUGAUAUACUUGAUCCAGCCCUGACAAGACCGGGUAGAUUUGAUAGGCAUAUUGUGGUCCCUAGUCCGGAUGUGCGUGGACGCCAAGAGAUUUUGGAACUCUACCUCCAAGGCAAACCUAUGUCAGAUGAUGUGGAUGUUAAAGCAAUUGCUCGUGGAACUCCUGGAUUCAAUGGUGCUGAUCUUGCAAACCUUGUAAACAUUGCUGCCAUUAAGGCAGCUGUUGAAGGUGCUGAGAGACUUUCUGCUGAACAGUUGGAAUUCGCCAAGGACCGAAUAGUUAUGGGCAUAGAGAGGAAGACAAUGUUCGUAUCAGAGGACUCAAAAAAGCUCACUGCCUACCAUGAGAGUGGUCAUGCUAUUGUCGCAUUGAACACGGGGCGUGCACACCCGAUCCACAAAGCAACUAUAAUGCCACGUGGAUCUGCGUUGGGAAUGGUUACGCAGUUACCUUCAAACGAUGAAACAUCAGUGAGCAAGAAACAAUUAUUAGCUCGUCUUGAUGUAUGUAUGGGAGGAAGAGUCGCAGAGGAGCUCAUCUUUGGCCAGGACCAUAUCACCACUGGAGCAAGUAGCGAUCUCUCCCAGGCCACAGAACUUGCUCAGUAUAUGGUGUCGAGCUGUGGGAUGAGUGAGGCAAUAGGACCAGUUCAUAUAAAAGAAAGACCAAGUUCUGAAAUGCGAUCACGCAUCGAUGCAGAGGUUGUGAAACUUCUUCGAGAGGCAUAUGAGCGAGUGAAAUCUUUAUUGAAACGGCAUGAGAAGCAGCUACACACGUUAGCAAACGCACUUCUGGAGUAUGAAACGCUAACCGCAGAGGACAUAAAGCGUAUUCUCCUUCCAAACCAGGAAGGAGAGAAGUUACAGGAGCAACAAGAAGAAGGAGACUUGGUAUUGGCCUAGUCACAUCAUAAAGACACCUUUUUGGGUGCAAAAAGGGAGGUUCAAAGCUAUUGUUUUUGAAAUUAUUCAUCUCAUGUUAUACAUUAUUGUAGUUGUUAUUCCAUUAGCUCAUUAGUGUGACUUCAACCUAGAACUUUAUUUUUCAUUUGACAUUCUAUGAAAUACGAAAAAUAGUAGAAGAACAUUGGGAUCAAUGUAAUUGUAGUUUUAUC